ACGUGACCUCCUCUAGAUCACAUGACCACAAUAGUCAAAUAUGUCCGACAUUGAUACAGCCAAGUCUCUGACUGGGCUGCUCAACGGAAUAGCUCAAAAAGCAUAUCACAACCAUGGUGAGGUCACCGAGGACCUCCUAAGGACGGAGCUUUACCCCGACCUGUCCCCGGAGGACUUCCACGCCCUGCACGACAAGAUGAGAGGCCUGCUGAAGUCCAUCGCCAUGGCGGACAUGGACCCCGGCCAGCUGGAGGCCUUCCUCACGGCCCAGAUGAAGAGGCAGGGCGGCGGAGGGAUGAGCGAGGGUCAGGCCAGCGCCAUCUCCCGCUUCUGGAGGAGCCAGCGGGCCAGGGUGCGGGAGAGCCUGCUAGCCCAGAGCCGCUGGGAGCCCGGCCUGCGGGGCCUGGCCUGGAGGGUGGACCUGCAGACAUCCAGCGGCCGGGGGCCGGAGGCCGCCCCGGGGAGGCCUGUGGCCCUGCUGGAGCUGGAGCUGGGACGCCCCUCCCAGGACUCGCAGUACGUGCGUCUGGAGUGUGACGAGGCCACCGUCAACCAGGUGCUGAAGAAGAUGGCCGACAUCCAGAGGAGCAUCGACACCGUCGUGCAACGUAGCUAGACCGACGGAGACCGGUACAGGACCGGACCGGUCUGUAGUCCUGCUGCCCUGUACAGGAGUCCUAGACUGAUUGUGUCUGUAGUCCUGCUGACCUGGAGGAGGAUUAGGUGGAGGAUUCUAUCUCCGGCACAGAUCCUCUCGUUCUACAACUUGAGAGAAAGCUGAUGAUGGGACUUCUGAAAACAUUUUGUGUUACUCCUCAAAGCUGUAGCCGAUCGUUUCCUCUUGGGGCCUCAGUGAACGUCUUCAUUGUCUACAAACCCACUUAUUAAAGCUGAACUCCUCCUUAACUAUUUAGGUUGUAUUGGAAGAUGCCUACCGUAAAUACUUGAUUAAACAUGAGUUUUAAUUGUA